AUGGUCGGCUUGGUUACUUGGACCUUGAUCUGUUUCAUGGAGAACCUGGACAAGCGCGCCGACAGACUGUCUGCCAACAUGCAAGCUCUGAGCACUGAGAUCACAGUUCAAGGCAACCUGCAUUACCAACGUGAAUUCGCCAAAGCAGUGUACAACUUGAUCCAACAGAAACGCGCCGAGCAGAUUCUGUAUCCGGACAACUAUCCCACCACGAAUUACACGUUUCAAGCUCGAUACACCAUCUUCCACCCAGCCUCCGAUUGGCAUGGCAAUCUCUUCGCACUCGCGUCCAAAGACUGGUGUGACGAAUACUUUGAAGCGGAUCAUGAAGACUGUAUUCUUGACCGUCUGCGCCUCUUCAACAACCCUGAGAAAUUUGCAACAUACCUCCACGAGUACGGCACGUCUGAAGUCAUCAAGAACACCGACCACACUCUCUCAGUCACGCACAUCCUCCUACCUUCAGCCCAACCCCACACUCUCCCAUUCAUUCUGCGUGUUCCCGAGGAGCUUCACCCAGUCAGAAUUGUGGGACAGACAGACCGCAAUGGUAAACCAUACUGUCGUGCCUGUAUCAUUGGAGUGGAUCCCUCAGACAUCGUCGAUAUCGAGUUGUUGCCAGAGCACGAGGCUCCAGAUUACGUGGCCAGCAAAUCUGCUACCGACAAGCGACUCUAUCCUAUCCUCUGGCUCAUCAUCGCAGCACUUUGGUUGAAGAUGGUGCUGGGUGCAGUGGUCGACUUUGUUGGAGAUGUUGCGUGGAAUGUUUCGAACGCCUAUCUGGGGCUUACCGAGUUUCUUUCGUUCGGUGUCACCAAGUUCUUGUCAUUUGGAGCUUGA